CGGCGUCCAGACUCUGGCCGACUGCAGAGCCAAGCGCAUCCCCGGCCGCCAUCACUGGGCUCGGGUUUUAAGCAUUUGCGACCUAUAUGGGCAUUAUAGAGUGGAUUUUUCGAAUGCCCGCGGUAAAGGAAGGAUUGUAUAGUGUGUGACAGUCGCGAAUCUCAGGAUAUCUUCGGUGAGUUAUGAGAUACGACGCCUGAAAUCGAACUUAUUGUUAUUAUUGGUGGUUUUGUUGGAUUUUUUGGACCCGAGUGUUGCCAAAUCUGGGAUAUCUACCAGUGAAAUUGUGUCCAAGGAAAAAAUGACGUCCGCUUAUUUUGUGUAGUUGUAAGCGUCCCUUAUUUAAAGAAAAAAAAUUGUAGUGAUAAAGUGAUGAUUCUAGUGAAUGUGAUUUAGUGCAUUAGUGUAGCAGUUUUUGAAGCAAGUUUGCCUGCCUGGCGAGUACGCUUACUUCUUUGUCCCUGAUUGUUUUAAUCAUUACUAUUCUGUUUAACAACGUUCAGCUUUAUAUCUAAGUGCUACUAAAUCCCACUGACUGGACGCACGGAUCAUAGCCAUACGGCUAAGUGGAAACCAACGGCUGCACCACCGUGAAUUGUUUACUCUCCUCCCUCUCGCAAACUUAUCGGUGAUGGGCGUGAGGACGCGGGGUUGCGGGGGGGCGUGUACGUGAUGGUGGGGCGCCCGUAAUGCGUGAGUCACCCCUGGAGGGAGCCACCGCCCCCCGGAACAAGCAGGCGCCCUCCACUCUCAGCGGGGCGACUGCUGGCUCCGUGGGCGCCAACACCCACCAUCCCCACACCACCCAGCAGCCUCCCCCACACCCCCACCGCCCGCACGCAGGGAAGCAUCACCAGGAGCAUUACCAUCAGUCAAAGCAGCAUAACUACCACCACACAUCCAAGCACAACGCCUCUUACCACCAGCCCAAGCAACCAAAGAGCGUCAAUUAUCAGGGCAAGCAGCAGCAAUACAAUCAGCAGCAGCAAAGCAACUCGAGCAGUGCCAGCAGCCAGGUUAGAAGCGGCCAGGGGCAAACACAGCAUCGGCACCAACAGCAGGCAGAGCCUCAGCCACAGCAGCAGGCACAGCAUCAACAGCAGCAGCAACAACCACAACAACAACAAGGUGGCCCCCAAGGACAACAACAACCGCCCAACUUCGAGUAUGACGACCAAGAGUGGGACGUGGGCGUGGGCGACCUGAUCAUCGACCUGGACGCUGACAUCGCCCAAGCGGACCGUGGUAGGAUGAGCUCCGCCGUACCUCCCCCCCAACACCACCACCACCACCACCAUCAUCACCACCACCACCAUACCAACGCUUCCUCCACAACUUCUUCCAACGCUGCUUCCGCGACGCCUAGCGGCCCCCAGCAGCAGCAGCAGCAGCAACAGCAGCAGCAGCAGCAGCAGCAGCAGCAGCAGCAGCAGCAGCAGCAGCAGCAGCAGCAGCAGCAGCAGCAGCAGCAGCAGCAGCAGCAGCAGCAAGGUCAGCAGCAGCAGCAGCAAGGUCAGCAGAAUCAGCAGGGCCAGACGCCUGAGGAUAAGCACAGCCUCAAGAUGAAGAUCAAGAGGACCAAACCGACAACCAAGAACAGUGAAGCCAAGCACGAGAUCGUGAAGCCCGACCUGGGUCCGGGGCCGCCCCAUGGCUCCCCGGCUACCUUGCAGCACCACCACCACCUCCAUCAACAUCAUCACCAGAAUCAGCAGCAGCCACCUCAGCAACAGCUGCAGCAGUCGCCUCAGCAGCGACCUCAGCAGCAGCAGACGCCGCCUCCAAGUCAUCACCACAACGGCGCACACAUGAAAUUGGAGGGCGGCGAGAUGAACGGGCGGCCGACCCCUCGUCCACAGCCUCAGGCGCGGGCUGCCCAUAAGAAGGAUAAACGGCGACACGACCUGAAUGGCACUGCAUCGCCUCCCCCUCAGGGAGUGGUGUCCCCUCGCGCGAUAGCAACGGCGACUCCCCCAGCCAGUGGAGGUGGCACUCCGGGUGGAGUCAGUGGAGCCGCCCCCGCGAGCGUCGCUUCUCCCCCUUUGGCAAACGUGAAGGUAGAGCCCAGAGGCCCAAAUGCUUCGCCCAACAGCACCGCGUCCACACCGGCGCCUCUUUCUCACUAUGCUGCUAAGAGUGAGACUCCACCGCCCACGAAGAGACCAAAGCCGGGUGAGGACGGAGGGGCGCGGCGGGACGUGUGUGUAGGGACGAGCGUGGCGACCAUCACCGACCCGGACUGCCUCGGUCCGUGCGAGCCCGGCACCUCGGUCAUGCUCGAGGGCAUUGUCUGGCAUGAGACGGAAGGAGGAGUGUUAGUGGUGAAUGUAACAUGGCGUGGGAAGACUUAUGUAGGUACAUUGCUCGAUUGUACUCGUCACGACUGGGCCCCUCCAAGGUUCUGUGACUCGCCUACCAGUGAUAUAGAGUCUCGGACGCCCAAGGGUCGGGGCAAGAGAGGGCGGGCUGCCACCACGACUGCUGGCACACCUGUCAACAACGACGUCACAGUAACAGAAACGAGAAGUGGUAAAUUACGAAAUGCCAAUGUGAAGGGGCGCAGAGGGAAUCUCACUCCUACAAGUAAUCCUCCUCCUAGUCCAGUUAAGUCUGAACCUGGUGGGACCAAACGAAAGACAAGAGAACCAGAGACGCCUGAUCAAAAAAACUGGAAACGCUCUCGUGCAAGUUCACGGGGCACACCUACCAAUGGUGCUUCCAGUCCUGGGCCAGAUCACCCUUCCUCUCCCCAGCUGAUUGAAUGUCCUGAGCCUAAUUGUAACAAGAAGUACAAACACAUCAACGGGUUAAAGUAUCAUCAGAGCCAUGCCCAUAAUAAUGUCGCCAACGAUGAUGAGACAACCAGUACAGAAGGGCGUGCAGAGAGCGAGGUAGAGGAAAGUCGGCCACCUUCUCCAGCACCAGUGGCUGAAACUCCAGUGGAUAAUACAGCCCAGGAUGUUGUUAAACCUUCAGUUCUACGAUACUCCGGUCCACCAUCCACACCAAGCCCUGGUCCCAGUGAGGAGAUGGCCAAAGGGUCUACAGCACAACCUCCAACAUCACAACCCAGUGUAAUUCAAUCCCGAGUGCCACAAGCCAGUCAGGGAGGAGUGUAUCUUUACACAGGAUCAGGAGGAGUUGUAAGUCCACAGCAUCCUCAGGUUGGGUCUCCAGCCUUGGGAAUGUCACCAAUACCUGGUGGACUUUCACAAGUCAGACCAGGACAAAUCCGACCUGAAGUUCGUCCAGAAGUGAUGAUGAGGAUAGGAACAGCUGUUCCAAGGCAGGUUGGUCCUGCACCUGUGGCAUCACCUGGUGCUCCAAGUGUGCCCUUAACACCACAAGGUACCCCAUUGUCCAGCCUCCCAGGUAAUUCCCCUGGUUUGAUUAAGGUAAAGCAAACGCUUAUAGAGCCAGAAAAGGGUAAGCCGAAGGAAUUAGUAAAUGGAUUAGUUACAAAGGACACACGAGAAGAGGAGCAACCUAGUCGAGAAGAUGCUCGAAGUCCUGCUUAUUCUGAUAUAUCAGAUGCCAAUGAUACAGCCCCAGUAUUAGAAGGGGAUAGUGAUAAUAAAGACUUGCAAGAUGAUAAGAAAGCAGAAUUACCUCUUGGACCACAACCUUAUCCCUAUGGGAUGUAUUACCCUGGUCCUUAUGGCCAACCCUCCCCUUUCUUAAUACCUCCUAUACAACCUCCCCCAUCUACUACCCCAGGUAAAGAUGGAGACAUUAAAGACCCAAAGGAAAAGUUAUGUGAUAAAGACAAAAGAGAUAGUUUACCACCUCCAGGAAGCAGCGAGUAUUUGAACAAAAUUCAUCCACAAUACCUCUAUUCCCCACAUUACUUAUAUAAUCCAGGUUACCCUGAUCCUUAUUUAAGAGACCCUCAAAUAUAUAAGGAAGCAGAAGGUAAAGAAUUACCUCCUGGAAUAAGAGAGGGAGACAAGGGCCCAACUGAUUUAUCUAGAUCAGCGCCAGGCAUGCCUGGCACUGUGUCAUUAUCUCCAGUAAUCCCUAAAGAUAAGUUAUCAAUUGUUAAGGAUAAACAGGCUGAAAACCAUGCAAUACUAAAAGAGGCACAUGAACUAAAAGGCCAGCUUCCUGGAGACAAACGACCAUACGAACCAAGUCUUGCAUAUAGAUUUCCAUAUGACCAGCGAUUACCAAUACAAGCACAACCUCAAGAAAAGCCUGGAGAAAAAUCAACAGGACUCCCUAAACCAUCACCCCCUGCACCACUUUCUAGUCCUCGAGUUGGUUCAACACCACCAUCCAGUUCUUCUUUGAGCAAAGAUGACCGUGGAGAAAAGAAAGCAGACAGCAAGAGUGAAGGUGUUAAGCCCACUAUGGAAACAACAGGGCCGCCUCCACCUCCAACAUCAUCAGCAUAUUAUCCACCUUUCCCUUACAGUACCCUUCCUUAUGACCCAUACAGGCCACCUAUGGUGCCACCAAUGUCCAUGCCUACAAGUUUUCCAGCACAUUACUUGCAGCCAGGGAUGAUGCCAAGAUUCUCUCUAAGUCCAGCAGCAAACACACCAGAGGAUCUUUCACGUGGUAGUUCUAGUGGAGGCAUGAUCCAUCCUUCACAACUGUAUUCAAGCCAUAAGAUUCAUGAGUUACAAGAGCGAGCUCUUAAAUCACCAAUAUCAUCAGCAUCUAUGAGUAUGGCUGCACAGGGAAUCAUGACUACUCCACAGAAAAUUGCAUCUCCAUUAGCUAACAAAGAUGGGGCCUUGACACCAGUCACAUCGUCAUCCUCAUCAUCUGGUUCUAUACCCUCCUCUGCUUCUUCCUUGGUUCAUGGAGGGGGUGGGCCCGUGGGAGGAGGGGUAGAGGGGCGGUCUCCACCCACAGCGCGCCCCCCCACACACCACCUGCAUGAGAGCUUCUCCACGUACUCUCUCAUCUCUCCUCAAUUCCAUUACACAGGUAAGUCUUCAUAUCUAAGAUGUUUAGGCUAAAUUGCAGAGUAGUUU